AUGUACUAUUCGGAUUCAAAAUGUCAAGAUGUCAAGACUCCUCAACCAGAGAAAUUUGUUUGCUGCCAGGAAAUGAGCGAGGGCAUGCAAAUUUUAGACGGGCAGAUCUGUGGUGACCACUACAGCGAGCCGAAAACUUAUGGUGGCCACGAAUUGAGUAUAUUAUCCAGACCCUGGAUGGCUUUACUAAUGUUUAGGGAAAAUAACGUCGAACGCUUUAGAUGUGCGGGCACCUUAAUAACGGAACGGUUCGUGUUAACCGCUGCGCAUUGCUUCAACGAAGGCAAGCCACAAUUUGUACGUUUGGGGGAGUACAAAAUAUCGAAUGAAACUGACUGCGGCAUACUAAAAGGAAAAUAUGUGUGCGCACCACCAGUUGAGGACAUAAAAAUUGAUGAGAUUAUUAAGCACGAGAAUUUCUCGCAACAUACUGGUCUUAAUGAUAUAGCAUUGAUCAAACUAUCCGAAAAAGUGGUCAGGGACAGUAAUGGAAAACUGAAAA